AUGCCUCUUUUCCAGCCGCACGACGUCAAUGCACCGGUCCUCUCCCAGUUCUCCCUCAAGGGCAAGAUUGCAGCUGUCACUGGCGGCGCUAGAGGUAUCGGGUUAGAGGUCGUACGUGGUCUUGCAGAAGCGGGCGCCCAUGUCGCUCUCAUCUACACCUCCAGCAAAGACGCACACGACAUUGCCGCCAAGAUAGCACUGGAUAAUGGCGUCCGCGUCCAAGCGUUCCAGUCGGAUGUCGCAGACAGAACGACCAUCAGCGAGACUAUCAACACGAUUGCCGCGGAGUUUGGACACGGCCAGUUGGACAUCGUGGUGGCUAAUGCUGGGGUCUGCGCAAAUGUUCCCAGUCUCGACUACACGGAAGAAUCGUGGCAGAGGAACAACAGCGUCAACCUCGACGGCGUCAUGUGGACUGCGCAGGCCGCCGGGAGAAUCUUCAAAAAGCAGGGCAAGGGCAAUCUAAUCAUCACCGCGUCCGUGAGCGCCAUACUGGUCAACAUCCCCCAGACGCAGGCUGCGUACAAUGCCUCCAAGGCCGCUGUUGUGCACCUCGCAAAGUGUCUUGCCGUGGAGUGGUCCGAGUUUGCACGCGUCAACUGCAUCUCACCCGGCUUCAUCGACACGGAGAUGCUUUCUUCGCAGCCUUCGGAGCUGAUGGCGAAAUGGCUGGAUAUGAUUCCGGGUGGUCGUUUGUGUCACCCUGCUGAGCUCAAAGGCGCGUUCGUUUUUCUCGCUAGCGACGCUUGCUGCUACAUGACUGGGGCUAACAUAGUUAUCGAUGGUGGUUACACCUUGCCUUAG